CAGCACAGACCUGCAAGAUGCACCCAGGUGUCCUGGCUGCCUUCCUCCUCUUGAGCUGGACUCAGUGUGGGUCCCUGCCGCUUCCCAUUGGGGACGACGACGAUGAUUUGUCUGAGGAAGACUUCCAGUUUGCAGAGCACUACCUGAAAUCAUACUACCAGCCUCCGAAUCUUGCGGGAAUCCUGAAGAAGUCAUCAGGAAGCUCCAUGGUUGACAGACUGAGAGAAAUGCAGUCUUUCUUUGGGUUGGAGGUGACAGGAAAACUUGAUGAUAAUACCUUAGAUGUCAUGAAGAAACCAAGAUGCGGGGUCCCCGAUGUGGGUGAAUACAAUGUUUUCCCUCGAACCCUCAAGUGGUCCAAAAUGAAUUUAACCUACAGAAUUGUGAAUUACACUCCUGAUAUGACACAUUCAGAAGUGGAAAAGUCAUUCAAAAAAGCCUUCAAAGUCUGGUCCGACGUGACACCUCUGAAUUUCACCAGACUCCAUGAGGGCACUGCUGACAUCAUGAUCUCUUUUGGAACUAAAGAGCAUGGUGACUUCUACCCAUUUGAUGGACCCUCUGGUCUGCUGGCUCAUGCUUUUCCUCCUGGACCAAACUAUGGAGGAGAUGCCCAUUUUGAUGAUGAUGAAACCUGGACGAGUAGUUCCAAAGGCUACAACUUGUUCCUUGUUGCAGCCCAUGAGUUUGGUCACUCCCUAGGUCUUGACCACUCCAAGGACCCGGGAGCACUCAUGUUUCCCGUCUACACCUACACUGGAAAAAACCACUUUAUGCUUCCUGAUGAUGAUGUACAAGGAAUUCAGUCCCUCUACGGUCCAGGAGAUGAAGACCCCAACCCUAAACAUCCUAAAACUCCAGACAAAUGUGACCCUGCCUUAUCCCUUGAUGCCAUAACCAGUCUCCGAGGAGAAAUGAUGAUCUUCAAAGACAGAUUCUUCUGGCGUCUGCACCCUCAGCAGGUAGAUGCAGAGCUGUUUUUGACAAAAUCAUUUUGGCCAGAGCUUCCCAACCGUAUUGAUGCUGCGUACGAACACCCUUCUCAUGACCUUAUCUUCAUCUUCAGAGGUAGAAAAUUUUGGGCUCUUAAUGGAUAUGACAUUCUGGAAGGUUAUCCCAAAAAAAUAUCUGAGCUGGGAUUUCCAAAAGAGGUCAAGAAGAUAAGUGCUGCUGUUCAUUUUGAGGACAUGGGCAAGACUCUCUUCUUCUCAGAGAACCAGGUCUGGAGGUAUGACGACACUAACCAUGUUAUGGAUAAAGACUAUCCCAGACUCAUAGAAGAGGACUUCCCAGGAAUUGGUGACAAAGUAGAUGCUGUUUACGAGAGAAAUGGUUAUAUCUAUUUCUUCAACGGACCCAUCCAGUUUGAGUACAGCAUCUGGAGUAACCGUAUCGUCCGUGUCAUGCCAGCAAAUUCCCUACUGUGGUGUUAGUGUCUCCUAAGACUUUUUAUUUAAAUUCUGGAGCGCAGUUUGGAUAAUAUGCUCUCCAGAAAGGUGGGUGUGAGGGGAGGAGAAGUGUCAGGGGAAAGCUUAGCUCUGUGAGCAAGCUGCAGUAAGUUAUCUUUGACUAUGAGUGGCUGGAACCACACUGAAG